AUGGGAUUGAAGAACCGUGGCGUUGGUCAUAGAGCAUGGAAUCUGCUGCGAGUGUCAUUGCUGUGGGCACGUAAAGGUGGGGUGUUGAGGCGCAGGGUAGCAAUGGAGCUGCGUCUGGUCCCGAAGUACUUGAAGCGUCUCGGCCACAACAAUACGCCACCCAGCCAUAUUCAUUACUUUGAGCGCGAGCUCUCAUUCGACAAGACCCCUAUUUUCCAUGUCAAGAUGUACCGUCCAACCUCCAUGCGCUUCCACUUGCCUCACAUUCCUUGUAUUAACCCCCAAGUUGAUUUUGAAUAUGAUUUCAACGAUGACGAUGUUGAAUAUGAUACGGGGAGAAAGAGUGCCCUCAUGGAUGCAGGAGACCGUGACCAAGAAUUUUAUAAUGAUUAUGAAAGACUAGAGAUGGCUUGUGGUGAAGAAGAGGAACAACAAGGAGCAGAUGCACAAGGGAUCGAUAAGCAAGCCGAGGAGUUUAUUGCUAAAUUCUAUCAGCAAAUGAAGCUGCAGCGCCAGAUUUCUCUUCUACAAUACAAUGAAACACCCAAUAGGGACACGGGUUGUUGA